ACUUUCAAAGUAUAUGUAGUGCACUUGGUGAGGGGCUAUAGAGAUGCACUAAACAGAUCCAAUAGAAGAGAAGUGGGGUGAUCGAGUGUGGCAAAUGGAAUGAAAUACACAGAUAUAUAUUGUUGGAAAGCUAUGAAAGAUGGUUCAGUUAUGUACCUCCUACUGUACUGUACGGAACUCCUGAUACAGUAUGCAUAUGUAUGUUCUCACCACUACCACUUGCAAGGUACAAGCCAGAGGAACAGGCAUUAAAAUGAUCAACUGCUGGAUCAUCUUUUUGUUUCACAUAAACUUGGUUUGUGCAUUUUCUGGUGACUUAAUCCAGUCAGAUCCUAUAAUUGUGACCAUGUUGGGUGACAGUGUGACCUUCACUUGCCUCUGCACAAAACAUUUGAUUGUUCAUUGGUUUAAGCAAACUAUGGGACAAAAACCAAUUUUAAUGGUAUCCUCAUAUUACUACACAGAACAAAUAUUUCCUCAAAAUAACUUUGCCAAUGACUUCAAAGUGACCAAUCGUAUGAGCGUGAAAAGAGAAUUGGAUAUCUGUAAUCUGAUUAUCUCCAAGACGCUGUCUGGGGACUCAGCCACAUACUAUUGUUCUGCUGAAAUAUCAAACACAAUUCAAUUUGGAAAUGGUACUUUUUUAAUUCUCAAAGGUCCAGGUUCCAAUACCAAAGCAGUUGUCCAGCAGCCAGUUUCUGAGUCCAUCCAGACAGGAGACUCUGUUACUCUGUACUGCACAAUACACACUGAGACCUGUCCUGGAGAACACAGUGUCUAUUGGUUCAGACAUGGCUCAGGAGAAUCCCAUCCAGGAACCCUUUACACCCAUGGAGGCAGAAGUGAUCAGUGUGAGAAGAGCCCUGAGGCUGGGUCUCCUACACAGAGCUGUGUCUACAACCUCCCCAAGAGGAACCUCAGCCUCUCUGAUGCUGGGACUUAUUACUGUGCUGUGGCCUCAUGUGGGGAGAUACUAUUUGGAAAUGGGACCAAGCUGAACAUUCAAAUUUCAGGUGUUCCAGAUGGUCAGAAUCAUAAUUUUCUCUUCAUCCUAUUUUGCCUGAUGACAACCUUUUCGAUAAUGAGUCUGACUGUCAACAUUAUCGUCUGUUGGAAAAUGAAAAGGACACUUUGUGACAUCUGCACAGAGGGGCCAGACACGUCCGAUUGCCAAACAGAGUACAAGACUGCAUCUGUGAGCAGAGCAAAUGAACAGGUCAGUGAUGAUGUUGACCUGAAUUACUCCACUUUAAAGUUUACUGACAAGAAGAAAACCAAGUCCAUGAGACAGAGUGACAAUCCAAUUUACACUGAAGUGGAGUUUCGAAUAGAAGGCAGUAGCAGCUAAUUAGAAAUUCAUUAUACAAAUAUUUUCCUUUGACAUAGGACGUAAACCUUUUUAGUCUGUCUAAUCAUUAUUUUGCAAUAGAAUAGGAUUAGGUUGAAGUAUUAUCAAUAGAUGUUAUUGUUGUAUUCAUGUGAUAUUACAUUGCUUAGUAGAGUGUAUUAUUCUUGAGUUCUUACAAUAAUUUCGUUUUUAGUUUUCUGCUUUUUUUGUUUUAAACAUUAUACAUCAAAUAGGUUGGUACAAUAUAAUUUGACACUGUAUGGAAACAAAUUGUGUGAACUCUUACAUUUUAUGGUCAUAAGGGUUUAAUGAAGCAUGUGUGCUACCUCUUCCUGCUUGUGAUCAUUACAUAUCGAUAACAAUCCAUUACAUGGAUUUCUGUAACUAUUAGAACUGCCUUGAAACUUAACAAACAAGCUUACACCAAGCUUAAACUGUUCCUUGGAAAAUUGAACAAAAUACACUUUCAAUUUGUCCCACAUUCCAAAUUAAUAUUUAAAUUGUUAUUUUUGUUGUUCAAAAAUAUGUAUUACAUUACCUGGACUAUCAUAAUACAGAUCCUGCUGCCAGUUGUGCAGCUCUUCUGUGCUUGAAUAAUAAUCUCUUCCUGGAGGAAACCAAUAACGAGACACAACAGUUAAAAAGCCCAUGGUUAAGACAAUACAGAAGUAUCAUGUUGUGCAGCUAAUCUUGAUGUUGGAUACAGAAGUCAUCCAGUAUCAGUCAUCUUUCAUGAUUUAAUCAACUGAUAGCCUGCAACAUCUAUCAAUAUCAAACUAUUAUCAAACAUAUUUUCCCACAUAUACCAGCAGCAACCUUCAUGUGACAUUAUGACAAUCCUGAUUUUGAUGUGAAAAUCAAAAUAUUUAAAAUUCCAUUAAUCUAAAACAUUCAGCCAACCAUAACGCCCCUCUACCACAUGUCCUCUUGUGAUGCCACAGUGUAUUGAACAAUUCAGAGAUACAGACUCCUGGCUGGACUGGAUCAUUAUAAUUUUUUUAUGCUGUAAUGGAAAAGGUUUAAUACACUUAAUUUGAAUCUUAAAUGAUCAACUUUGAUCACGUCUUAAAUCAAUAGCUGAAUCAAGAUGGCUGACGGGAGAACUACAUCUCCCAGAAUGCACCACGCAGAAAGUUGCAAAUGCUUCAGCCCUCUGAAGCGAGAGCUCAAGUGUGGGAGAGAGAGAGUACAAAAGAGUGGACCCACACACCAAGCAGAGG